GGAAGGUCACGUCACUUCAGUGGCGGCGCACCUGUCAGACAGUCCAACUCGUUCCUUUAAAUCAAAGCCAGGGAAAAUAGCGACGCGGCGGCGACAGGUGGGAGUCAUUACACGUCGAUUCACUGCAGCCGUGCGAUUUUGAUAUGGAGGAGGAGUCUGACUUUCACGAAGUGUACGACCAGGAUACCGGCUGGUCAGACCACCAGCAGGACCACGAAGACCCCAAUGUGGAGUGUCUGAGGAGGAAAAUCAAGUACUACUUCAUGAACCCCUGUGAGAAGUACCACGCGCGGGGACGGAAGCCCUGGAAACUCAUGCUUCAGCUGGUGAAGAUCGCCAUCAUCACCAUCCAGCUGGUGUCGUUCGGACUCAGCAACCAAAUGGUGGUGACGUUCAAGGAGGAGAACCUCAUGACCUUCAAACACCUGUUCCUGAAGGACUACACUGAUGGAAGCAUGGACACGUAUGCUGUUUACAGACAAGCCGAUGUUUACGACCACAUCGACUACAUCAUUGAGCAGUUUGGUCUCCUGCACAACACCACCGUGGGGAACCACGAGUACGAGAAGAGGGGCUCCGUCUACACGCCGCUGUCGCUGUGCCAGGACUUCUACAGGAACGGCUCCAUCUUCCCUGGAAAUGAAACGUUUGAGAUCGAUGCUCAGGUGGAAACUGACUGCAUUAAAGUGUAUCCCCACCAGUCAGCGCGGGAGGUGCUUCCCUAUUUUGAACUUCACUUCAAACGGAUGCUCUCGGUCCAGAUCACGUUUGUCCUCAAAGCCAUCAACCUGCAGACGGUCCGACACCGGGAACUGCCCGACUGCUAUGACUUCACCGUUGCCAUCACUUUCAACAACAAGGUUCACAGCGGGCGGAUGAAGAUCGACCUGGAGAGCGACGUGGAGAUCAACGAGUGCAGAGACUGGAAAGUCACCGGGGCGUCCGCCAAGAGCAUCUACGUGACCGUGCUGUUCGACUGCGUCAUCAUCGCCACCUGCGUCGUCUCCUUCACUCUCUGCACGCGCUCAGUCCUCACCGGGAUUCAGCUGCAGUCUGAAUACACUCUCCACUGCAGGAAACACAGCAAUAAGCAAGUGCCGUGGUCGGACAGGAGGGAGUUCAUCAACGGCUGGUACAUCCUCAUCAUUGUCAGUGACACCAUGACCAUCAUUGGCUCCAUCCUCAAAAUCGAGAUCCAGACGAAGUUGCUCACCAGCUACGACGUGUGCAGCAUCUUCCUCGGUAUCGGAACCAUGUUUGUCUGGAUCGGGGUCAUCCGUUACAUGGGCUACUUCAGACAGUACAAUAUCCUGAUUCUGACGCUCCGGGCUGCGUUCCCAAACGUCAUCCGCUUCAUCGGCUGUGCUGGGAUCAUCUACCUCAGCUACUGCUUCUGUGGCUGGAUUGUUCUCGGGCCCUAUCACGAGAAGUUCCGGACCCUGAACACCGUGUCCGAGUGUCUCUUCUCCCUCAUCAACGGCGACGACAUGUUUCCCACCUUCAAGAACAUGAAGCAGAAGAGCAGUCUGGUCUGGUUCUUCAGCAGAGUUUACCUCUACACCUUUGUCUCGCUCUUCAUCUACAUGAUCCUCAGCCUCUUCAUCACCAUCAUCACCGACACCUACGACACCAUCAAGCAGAUGCAGCAGAGUGGGACGCCCACAUCGGACCUGCAGCACUUCCUGUCCGAGUGUCAGGACCUGCCCAACUCUGGAGUUUACAGGCUGGACGAGAAGAAGAACCUCUGCUUCUUGAGCUGCUGCGGAAAACGGAACAAUCCAGAACCGUUGACUUCAGAAGCCUGACCCAGCCAGGAGGUGCCAGGGAGCCAAAUGGGGGCUGGGAAACGAAGCUAAGCUUGAUGCAGGGCAAAGCACGGAACACUUUGUAAAUAUAUUUUUAUAUAAUAAGCACAGUGGCACUUGA